GGCUAACCCAACCAUUUCCUAAUUUAAAAGGGAAAAAUUGUGAAGUGGCUCUGAAAAUGGAAGUGCGAUCCGGCCGGCCGUCAACAUUAUUAUCCCUUAUCUCUCACACCCAACAUUUUGUUUCUCCUACAAGCCAUAAAAUCUGUUUUGAAUUUGAUCUUUUCCUCCAUAUCUUCUCGCUCUCUUUCUUCGCUUGUAAAGACAUUUCGAAUUAACGGUAAAAAAAUCAAGCCCGAAUCAUCGCCAGAGCUUCUUUUCAGUCCAAGGUUUUUUCUCACUGACCCUAAAGCUCCAUUCGUUCCGGUUAAGUUUACCGAAUUUUCAAACUUUGUUGGUAUAGUUCAUACAAUGAAGAUUGAAGAAGAAUCCAUAAAAGAAAAAUAAAAAGAAUGAAAAGGGAAGAGAAGAGAUCGUAAGAGUUUUGAAUUUCGUCUAGAUGGCAGCUCCUGUGCCUCCAGGGCCACCUAGACCCGGUGAUCGUCCACCACCCCCUAAUUACAAUUACAACCCUAGUCAUAGCGUUCUUCCCCCAAAUUCCGAUUCUUUGUCGCAGAAUUUGCAAAAUUUGAAUCUCAAUCGACCGCCUUCGAUGCCCACCUCGGCACCUAGACCUUCCCCUCCUCCUAAAUCAGCACCGUCUCCGAGUCCAUUGGCUCGGCCUGCGCAGCGAAGACCUUUGUCAGGGUCUCCUCCAGUGGGACCCUCCUCACAGCCCUCAUUUCCACCCUAUGUGGGUCCACCAAGGCCUUCAGGGCCGCCUGCUACUUCACCACUUGGUUACAGACCACCUCCUCCUAACAAUGCUUUCCCGCCGGCACCGCCCCCAGGUAUUUUGCCCCGUUUUCCCCCACCUGGUAGUGGACCUUCAACAACAAUGGCGGCAGCUCUUGCUCCACCGCAUCCUCUUGCUCAGCCUCAGCCUCCGCAAACCAUGCAUUCCGUAUUGGGCAGUUCAGUGGGGAGAGCCCCAGGUCCUGCAUUGCAACAGCCACCGCCAUUUUCAGUAGCAUCCCAAGGUCUACAACAACCUCAUCCUCCACAAACUUGGUCCAUGCAACCGAACCAAGCGCCUCAAACUGCACCAACUUCCCUGCAACAACAAACAAUGUUUGGAACGCCGCCAUCAUUGCCAAAUCAAUCUAUGACUUCCAUAUCACAUGCUGUGGGCCAAACUGGAGCCCCAGUGGCAGGACCCUCGAAGAUUGAUCCGAAUCAAAUACCACGACCCAUUCCAAAUUCCUCAGUGAUUGUGCAUGAAACUCGCCAGUGCAAUCAGGCCAACCCUCCUCCGCCUACUACAAGUGAUUACAUUGUCAGAGACACUGGGAACUGCAGUCCACGUAAUAUGAGGUGCACCAUCAAUCAGAUUCCAUGCACUGCUGACCUUUUGGCGACUUCAGGGAUGCAGUUGGCUUUGUUGCUCCAACCCUUGGCCCUUCCUCAACCGUCUGAAGAGCCAAUACCAGUCGUGGAUUUUGGUGAAAGUGGUCCUCUUCGUUGUUCUCGGUGCAAAGGCUACAUAAAUCCUUUCAUGAAGUUCAUUGAUCAGGGAAGGCAGUUCGUAUGUAACUUGUGUGGAUUCACUGAUGAGACUCCCCGUGACUACCACUGCAAUCUUGGUCCAGAUGGUAGGCGUAGAGAUUCUGAUGAUAGGCCUGAGCUUUGUAGAGGAAUGGUUGAAUUUGUUGCUUCCAAAGAAUACAUGGUGCGUGAUCCAAUGCUGUCUAUGUAUUUCUUCCUUAUUGAUGUAUCUAUGAAUGCUAUGCAAACUGGAGCAACUGCAGCGGCAUGCAGUGCAAUCCGUCAAGUUAUUUCUGAUCUUCCUGAAGGACCUAGGACGAUGGUGGGGAUUGCAACAUUUGACACUACAAUUCAUUUUUACAAUCUGAAACGUUCAUUACAGCAGCCAUUGAUGCUCAUUGUCCCUGAUGUGCAAGAUGUUUAUACUCCUCUGCAGACUGAUGUAAUUGUUCAGCUUUCUGAGUGCCGUCAACAUUUAGACCUACUUUUGGAAAGCAUCCCAUCCCUGUUUCAAGAUAAUAAAACAGCUGACUCAGCCUUUGGUGCCGCAGUCAAGGCUGCAUUCUUAGCAAUGAAAAGUAACGGUGGAAAACUUUUGGUAUUUCAGUCAGUCAUGCCAUCAAUUGGAACUGGGGCCCUUUCAGCCAGAGAGGCUGAAGGAAGAACUAAUACUUCUGCGGGUGAGAAGGAGGUCCAUAAAUUACUUCAACCAGCUGAAAAGAUUUUAAAAACAAUGGCAGUGGAAGUUGCUGAGUAUCAGGUCUGUGUUGAUAUUUUUAUCACUACCCAGACUUACAUAGACAUAGCUUCUAUGUCUGUCAUCCCAAGAAUUACUGGUGGCCAGGUCUAUUAUUAUUACCCUUUCUCCGCUGUUGCCGACUCUGCAAAGAUCUACAAUGACCUUAGAUGGAAUGUCACAAGGCCUCAAGGUUUUGAGGCAGUGAUGCGUGUGAGAUGCAGCCAGGGUCUCCAAGUUCAGGAGUACCAUGGGAACUUCUGCAAACGCAUUCCUACUGACGUUGACCUACCUGGGAUUGACUGUGACAAAACUAUAAUGGUAACCAUAAAACACGAUGAUAAAUUGCAGGAUGGCUCAGAAUGUGCAUUUCAGUGUGCACUUCUGUACACCACUUUGUAUGGCCAAAGAAGAAUUCGAGUUACAACAUUAUCUCUUCCAUGCACAAGUAUGCUGAAUAAUCUUUUCCGUACAGCUGACUUAGAUACCCAGUUUGCUUGUAUCUUGAAGCAAGCGGCAAUUGAAAUCCCUUCUUGCCCGCUCAUGCAAGUCCGUGAACGACUGACUGAUCGUUGCAUCAGGAUUCUGUGUUCUUAUAGGAAAUUUUGUGCUACAGUAUCAUCGUCUGGACAACUUGUUCUUCCAGAGACACUUAAGCUUCUACCUUUAUACAUCCUUGCACUAACUAAAAGCACAGGAUUGCGAGCUGCUGGGAAAUUAGAUGAACGGUCUUUUUGGAUCAAUUAUGUUUCUUCUGUUUCUACUCCUUUAGCAAUAGCACUUGUGUAUCCACGGAUGGUGGCAAUCCAUGACCUUCUUUCUAAGACAGAUGAAUCUCCUUUUCCUCCUGCAAUUCCACUUUCUAGUGAGCAUAUCAGUGAUGAGGGAAUUUAUCUUCUUGAGAAUGGAGAGGAUUGUUUAAUAUAUAUUGGGAACUCAGUUGAUCCAGAUAUGUUGACUAAGCUGUUUGGAAUUUCCUCAGUUGAUGAAAUUCCUACUCAGUUUGUGCUGCAGCAGCAUGACAAUCCAUUCUCAAAGAAGCUAAAUGAUUUGAUAAAUGAGAUUCGACGCCAAAGAUGUUCAUACCUCCGCUUGAAAUUAUGCAAGAAAGGAGAUCCAUCAGGGAUGCUCUUCUUCUCAUAUAUCGUAGAAGACAAAAGUUUGAAUGGCCUCUCUUAUAUCGAGUUUCUAAUACACAUCCAUCGGCAAAUUCAAAUGAAGAUGUGAUUAUUUAGCUUCUUGUGUUUGUUACAAGUUUUGGUAUCUUCCUGCUAGGGCAAUCGUGGAAUUCGAAGAAGAGAUGCAAAUUGACCGGGUGUAAAAGAAAAGGGCUAUUUGAGGGCUUUCAAAAGCUUUUCAUCGAAAAGAGGAAAAAAGGUCAGCUUCUUGCUAUGCAAAUGCACCCUUUGCCCAUCACAUAAUUUAUCAGUGCAGAAUGCAGACAAAAACGGAGCCGAGAUUUGGUGUGAGGAUUUGUUUUAGUUUAUAUCCAAUUGUAACUGUUAAAAUAGAAGUAAAUCCUAUACAUCCCUUGUGUUUAAAUUGUUGUAUAAGCCUCUUUCACUUGUACUAAUAGAUCUAUCCCCUCAAACUUAAAAGCGGGAAAAUAGUGAAUUGAUAAAUCAAGUCUGUA